CGCCGGGGCGCUCGGAACCCACGCCCCGCCUCCUUAAAGGGGCCGCGCCCGCCCCUCGGCCGCGUCGGCGCAGAGGGCGCUGCAGCGGGGACGGCGGGCCGCCCGGGCCCUCCCCCAGCCUGACCCGGUCCCCGUCCCCGUCCCCGUCCCCCGCCGCCACGGAGGGGAUGCGGAGAAGCCCCGUCCCUGUCCUCCCCUCUGGAGAGCCGGACCCGGGACGCGCCGCGGCCGGAACGUCCGGAGGUCCCGCACCUGCUAACCCUGAUCCCACCCCACCCACGAGGCUCGCUCCGGAAUUCCUGCCUGGAGCCCCCGUGCCAGCUGAAACUGUCUGUCUGCAGCGCACGCCCGCCUCCGCAGGACUCCGCCCUGCCGGGCCCUGUCCCCGGAGCUGCAUCAUGAAGGUGUUGCGGGAGAGCCCUGUGUGGAUGUGGCUCCCGUUCCUGCACCUGCUGGCGAGCGGAGCGGAGCACGAGGCGCUGGCCAGGCACGCCAUCAGGUUGUACCGGGGCCGCGGGGCGGCCGCCGCCCAGAGGAGGCAGUGGGUCCUGGACGGCUGCAGGAAGCUCUCCGGGCUUCUUCGCCAAAAGGCCGUGGUUCUUAACAAACUGAAAAAUGCCAUCAGAGCAGUGGAAAAAGACGCUGGCCUUUCAGAUGAGGAGAAGCUCUUUCAGGUGCACACGUUUGAAAUUUUCCAAAAAGAGCUGAAUGAAAGUGAAAACUCAGUCUUCCAGGCCAUCCACGGACUCCAGAGAGCCCUGCAGGGCGACUACAGGGACGUGGUCAACAUGAAGGAGAGCAUCAGGCAGCGCCUGGAGGCCCUGCGGGAGGCGGCCAUCAAGGAAGAGACAGAGUAUGUGGAACUUCUGGCAGCAGAAAAACAUCAAGUUGAAGCUCUUAAAAAUAUGCAGCAUCGAAACAAAAGUUUAUCCAUACUUGAUGAAAUUCUUGAGGACGUGAGGAAGGCGGCAGACCGUCUGGAGGAGGAGAUAGAAGAACACGCUUUCGAUGACAAGAAGUCAGUCAAAGGGGUCAAUUUUGAGGCAGUCCUGCGGGUGGAGGAGGAAGAGGCCAAUUCCAAGCAGAACCUCACGAAACGAGAGGUGGAGGAGGACCUGGGCCUGAGCAUGCUCAUCGACUCCCAGAACAACCAGUACAUCCUGACCAAGCCCAGGGACGCCACCAUCCCACGGGCAGACCACCACCUCAUAAAGGACAUCGUCACCAUAGGGAUGUUGUCCUUGCCUUGCGGCUGGGUCUGCACGACGGUCGGGCUGCCGACCAUGCUGGGUUACAUCGUCUGCGGGGUGCUGCUGGGGCCGUCCGGGCUCAACAGCAUUAAGUCGACUGUGCAGGUGGAGACGUUAGGAGAAUUUGGUGUGUUCUUCACUCUCUUCCUCGUCGGCUUAGAAUUUUCCCCAGAGAAGCUGAGAAAGGUGUGGAAGAUCUCCCUGCAGGGGCCCUGCUACAUGACUCUGCUCAUGGUGGCCUUCGGCUUGGUCUGGGGCCACCUUCUGCAGAUCAGGCCCGCCCAGAGCGUCUUCAUCUCCACCUGCCUGUCCUUGUCGAGCACGCCGCUGGUGUCCAAGUUCCUCGUGGGCAGCGCCCGCAGUGACAAGGAAGCAGGUGACGUGGACUACGGUGCGGUGCUGCUGGGGAUACUGGUGGCGCAGGACGUGCAGCUGGGGCUGCUGGUGGCCGCCCUGCCCGCCCUCCUGCAGGCGGGGGCCGGCGCUCGCGCCAGCGUCGCCGUGGAGACCCUGCGGACCCUGGCCCUGGUGGGGCGGGUGCUCUUCUCGCUGGCGGCCGUGCUCCUCUGCUGCCUGCUGGUGAGGACCUACCUGGUGGGGCCGUACUGCCGGAAGCUGCACGCGGAGAGCAAGGCCAACAAGGAGCUCCUCAUCGUGGGCAUGUCGGCCUUCACCUUCCUCAUGCUGACGGUCACCGAGCUGCUGGACGUGUCCAUGGAGCUGGGCUGCUUCCUGGCCGGAGCCCUGGUGUCCUCCCAGGGCCACGUGGUCGCUGAGGAGGUCAUGUCCUACGUGGAGCCCGUUCGCGACUUCCUGGCCGUCGUGUUCUUUGCGUCCAUAGGCCUGCACGUGUUCCCCACCUUUGUGCUGUACGAGCUCACCGUCCUGCUGGUCCUCACGCUCUCGGUGGUGGUCAUGAAGUUCGUCCUGGCAGCCCUGGUCCUGUCUCUGCUCCUGCCCAAGACCAGCCAGUACGUCAAGUGGAUCGUGGCCGCGGGGCUGGCGCAGGUCAGCGAGUUCUCUCUGGUCCUGGGGAGCCGGGCACGCAAAGCCCGUGUCAUCUCUCGGGAGGUGUACCUGCUCAUCCUGAGUGUGACCACACUCAGCCUCCUCCUGGCCCCGCUGCUCUGGCGCGCAGCUGUCACCAGGUGUGUGCCCCGGCCCGAGAGACGGUCCAGCCUCUGAGCACCGCGGCCAGGUGACCAGCCGGAGCUGUCCCCGCGUCCCCGGACCUUAGAGCCUCCUGGGGGCCGCCUCUGCUGCAGUGAUCCUGCACGUGUACACGUAGCGCUGCCUUGUGCAAAACUGCCUUGACUGUUUUGCCUGGAUGUGCCUUUUCUUCUGAAAUUAGUGUUAACUUUCUGUUGUUAUUUAAUCAGUUCGUGGUUUUUUUGGUAAAGAAAAAAAUUAGGAGGCUUUUUAAUUUAUUGUACAACUUGUCGUAAACUGUUGGUCAAUAUUUGUCAUUAAACUUUUCUGUAAUGUGGGCUUUUAAUUCUGACAAUGAGUUUGGAAAGUUACUUUUAAUCCUUAAAGUUUAUGUUUUCUAAAAUGAGACAAAGGUCUUCUAAAUGUCUUUUGCUUUUUAUUACAAUUUUAAACAAAAUUUUUAUUAAGUGUAUCAUUCAUAUCAAUUUUUAUUAAGUAUAUCAUUCUUUUAAAAUAUUUGGUUUUGAUCACAAGAAUAUGCAUUCCUUAAUA